CUUGGUGUAGAUUCUGUGAAAACCUCCGCAAAACGAGAAGGUUUUUUUUAUUGAAAAUCAGCAGAUUACAUUCAGUUCAACAUGUCUUCGCCCUCGGACCACAACCCGGAGCAACGGAAUAAUACGUGCUAUAACGACAAAAGCCCCCCACUAUAUCCAAGUACGGAUCGGUUUAAUCCGCUAGGAUUCAGCACACCCCAGCAGCGCGGGAAUUUCUCAUCUCAAGCGAGAAAUUAUUAUUCUGUGCAGCCAAAGCACAUGUUGCCCAGGGCUAAAGGUUCGGAUGGACGCUACCGACACAGGCAGCAAAAUACUCAAUACCAGGAUCGAUCAAGCCACUUUUCUCAAGAUCAUUCACAUGAUGGCGCAGAGCAGGGUAAUGCUGAUUUCAGUUCCGGAAAGCGGCUUGGCGUUGGUCACAGUUGGAGAGGAUAUCAGAAUAAAAACCAACGUUUUGGAGGGUACAGAUCACAGCACAACUAUCGACAAAAGCAUCAGGUACGUGCCAAACCCGAGUCAUGUAAUAUUGCGGAUUAUUUUCACCCCUCUAUGCUGGAAGAUCCUUGGAAGUGUUUCGGGCAAAAUGAUGAGUAUGCAGCCACCAGUCCAACAUAUGCUCCAAGCAGUCCAUCAUAUAGUCCAACCAGUCCAACAAAUAAUUUAAACAGGUAUCCAAUCCAAACUACAAGUCCUUCCUAUACGCCACAUGAAGAUAUUGGCAAAUCAGUUGAAUGGCAACUAAUGAAGAAAUAGUUUAGUAACGUAGCAAAAAGAUCAAACAACCCAGAUCAUUCAUUAACUUGGAUGGUGUAAUGGACGACGAUGCAUAAGAAUUUUGUAUACUUCUACAUUAUUGCAGGAACUAAUUCCAAAGCAAAGUAGGAGAGGGUAAAUAAGCAUUAAUUAAACAUUAAAAGAUUAUCUCAUUGCAAAAAUGGGAAAACAAGUAGAUGUGGUAAAACCUUUUAUUUCCCAUAAUUUCUGUCGCCGAAAUUUAACAAAAUCAAAUUAGCUAAAUAAAUUAUUCUGACUGAAAAAAUAGAUUCUUUGAACCUAGACAAAGCUUCCAGAUAAGCAGCAUUGAAGUUGCAUCAGCUUUUUAAACCGCACUUAAGAAGCAUAGACGAUGAAAAGUAUGAAAUCGAUA